UCUUGUAACUUGUAAGCUCCUUCACAAAUUAUAUAUAGUUGUUCAUUAAAUUGAAAUCACUAAUAAAAUUUCAUUAACACAAAUUAAGAUGGCUAAUUUCUUUUACCGAAUUAAUCUCAUAUUUAUGCUCUUAGCUCCCUUAUGUAUUGUUUCCUUGUCACAACCAUCACAUUUGAUCACUUCUUGUUUAACUCAUAACCAUGUCACCAAUUUCACCCUUCACCCUACUUCACAAAAUCAUCUCAACACAUCAUCUUACUACAAUCUCCUCCUCUUUUCCCUCCAAAAUCUUCGGUUUUCGACCCUCGAAAACCCGAAGCCUAAUGUAAUCAUACUACCGGAGAGCAAAGAACAGCUUGUAAGCAGUUUUCUUUGCGCUAAGAAAUCGGCUUACGAGGUUAGGGUUAGGAGUGGUGGGCAUAGCUAUGAAGGAGUUUCAUCAGUUUCUAGGGAUGGGAAACCAUUUGUGAUCAUUGACAUGAUUAAUUUGGAUAAAGUGGUGGUGGAUUUACGGUUAAAAACUGCAUGGGUUGAGGGUGGCGCAACCGUAGGUCAGGUGUACUACACCAUAGCAAAGCAAUCUAAGGGGGUGUAUGGGUUCUCUGGUGGGUCAUGCUCCACAAUUGGAGUUGGUGGCCACUUUCUAGGGGGUGGUUUUGGGUUUUUGUCUAGGAAAUAUGGGCUGGCUGCAGAUAAUGUGAUGGAUGUUUUACUCGUGGGCCCAACGGGCCAAGUGUUGGACCGGGCUUCCAUGGGGGAGGAUGUUUUUUGGGCUGUUCGCGGUGUUGGUGGGGGUAGUUUUGGAAUUGUCUAUGCUUGGAAGAUUAAGUUGUUGAAGGUGCCUCCUAAGGUGACUGCCUUUCAAGUCUCAAGAAAUGGUCAUGUUGAUAGCAUUUCUCAAUUGGUGCACAACUGGCAAGAAGUUGGGCCUUACCUACAUGAUGAUUUUUACCUUUCAAUAUCUAUUGGAGCUAAUAACGGCGAAAAUGGUACUAAUGUUGUUACGACAUUUAGUGGACAAUAUCUCGGGGACAAACUCAAGGCAAUUUCUAUAUUGAACAAUGUUUUUCCCGAGUUGAGGAUAAGGGAGGAUGAGUGCCAGGAUAUGAGCUGGAUAGAGUCGGUUUUGUACUUCUCUGGGCUAGGUGAAGGAACCACGAUAAAUGAUCUAAAAAAUCGAUAUCUACAAAGUAAAAACUAUUACAAAGCAAAGUCCGAUUAUGUAACUACGCCCAUUCCAAUCAAAGGCAUACGAGGUGCCAUGGAGAUACUCGCAAAGGAGCAUAAGGGUAAUAUCAUAUUGGACCCUUACGGAGGAAAGAUGGCUCGUAUAGCCAACGACUCCAUAGCCUUUCCUCACCGAAAAGGAAACCUUUUUAGCAUCCAAUACUUGUUGUCGUGGGAAAAUGAGGAUGUUUCGAACAACGAUAGAUACAUAGGUUGGAUAAGGGGAUUUUACGAGUACAUGGCGCCCUUUGUUUCGUCUAAUCCGAGGGCGGCUUACGUUAACUACUUAGAUUUCGACCUUGGAGAAGAGUUGGACUACAAUGUUGUUGAUUCAAUGAAUGGUAGAGUUUGGGGGGAGAAGUAUUUUCUUAACAACUAUGAGAGAUUAGUCAAGGCCAAGACAAUCUUUGAUCCUUGCAACUUUUUUCGUUAUCCGCAAGGAAUUCCACCAAUGUCUAUCAAUAAGAAAUGUCACAAUCCUUGAGACCUCAACUUGAAAAUUUCGAGUCUGAAUUUCAUGUCCCAUAAUCUGUGUAUCACUUUCUCUUAUUUGUUGAUAUCCAAUUAUGUAAUUAUAGAAAUGAAAAUAAAAGUGGUUGACUAACUACAAAUAUCAACCAAUAAAAAGGAAUGGUACAUUAGUGGUACACAAAUUGUGGGAUAGAAGAUUAUAACUCGAAAAGGAGUACUAAUAUACGAAGUACUUGUACAAUGUAAUACAUUAACAACUAAUUAGAAAAUAAAGGGUAUUAUGUAGACAAACGAAGUUAACAUAUGUUAUACUAGUACUUAUGCACGCGAUAUGUACCAGACAUUUUACGUAAAUGAUGUAAUUUCACACUAUUAGUAUUAUGUAAUGAAUUAACUAUGAGAGUUGUGACGUGUGGUAAUAGUAAUGAACUUGUAUAAUACGGAGUACUCCUUAU